AUACUGGAGUAUCUAACCUGCUGCAGUAGCUUGGUGAUUGUGUAGGGGGCAGUAUAACCACCGAGCUGCUCAGGAGCUGCACAUUGUUUUACACAGAAGAAAAACGUAAACAGGAAGUAGAUUCUCUGUAAAAACCAACGAGCGAGAAUCAACGUCAUCAAACUGAGAAACUGCUGAAUUAAAGUUAGAUCAAAGGAUUUCACCGCCGAGACUUUGAUCUGUACGGAAACCGGUUUGUGACAAACUUCAUUCCACAUCUGAGGGGGGGUGUUUGUUUCCCUCACACGUCAGAAGGUGUGGGGUGCGCUUGUUUUGCAGACAUGUCGGUGCAGGUGUGGUGUCUGUCGUUCCGCCAGCCGUACGCCGGUCUGAUUCUGGACGGGGUGAAGACGCUGGAGAGCCGCUGGAGGCCCCUGCUGGCCCCGCUGGAGAACCAGACCCUGGCGGUCCACAUCGCCCGGCGGGACUGGGAGGGGGACGAGUGGCGGGCGGUGCUUCGCGGCCCACUGGGGAUGACCGAGGCUCAGAUCCACGGGCUCCUGGAGUCCGGGGAGCGGUUCGGCCGCGGCGUGGUGGCAGGAUUGGUGGAUGUGGGCGUGACCUCGGUGUGUCCCGCCUCCAUGCUGGAGGAGGAGCUUCAGCACCUGGAGAGGUCGGCCCUUCUGGUUGGUCUGCAGGAGAAACACGUGACUCACCUGUCCAACCCUCGCUGGCUGAAAGAGCCCCUGAGCUCCCGAGGAGGUCGCGACCCCUGGACUGUGGAGAUCCCCACGGAGCUUCUGCCAUGAGGACACGUGAUGCACACAGGGCCGGUGUCUCCUGGGAUCAGAUCUCACUUCCUGACCUACAUGCAGAUUAACACGCGUGUCCUGUGUUAAAGACCAGUCUGGGUUUACAGACGUGUGCGUGUGUGGGAGCAUGUGAAUGAAAGUAUUGAUCUCUAUCUUGUGAUCAGAUUUGAUAUUGUGAUUCUUAGGACGUCAGCUGAGAGGACGUCCUUCACAUGUGGACCAGGAGGGAUUUGAAAGGACACUGUUAGAGGAUGUGGACUCAUGGGGUCUGGUGGGAUCAGAUCUGAUCUGAUUGGUUCACACCUGAACAUUCGUUUUCCUCAGAGAAAGAAUCCUGAUUUUCAUGUUGCGCCACCUGCAGGUCAAACUGGACACUUCAGGCUUCAGCUCCUCCCCCUGUCGUCCAGACUCAAUAAAGUGAAGUACACUAAUAUAUCAUGCUAAUGUAACAGUCAACAUCUUGUAUUGUUAACGAUGAAAAUCUUCACUGAGGGAAUAAAACCAUGAGAAACAAAAUGGUUUCUUCGAUAAAACAAAGGUUCAGAUCCAAAGAUGAUGAAUGAUGUCAGAAUGAGUCUAGGGGGCGGUGCUUAUACAGAGUUAGUUUUACAUGAAUGGAGUUAACGUACUGGUUGAACCUCCCGUGGAACUGGUUCUUCAUGAAGUUAGUCCUGUAGUCAGCUCGUAACUUUGAUUCUAGUUCAGGCCCCAGAAAGUCAAAGUACACGUUAAGUAAAUGUUUGUAAAGAAGUUUCUGUCGUUUCACAUCGUUCUUCUCUCUCUGAUGUUUGUUCAAGUGUUUCUGAUCAGUUUGGUUUGAAUCAGUUAUUAAAUGAUAUAAAAACAG